AUGGAAGGCGCGGGCGCGGGGUGGCCGGAGCCGGUGGUGCGGGUGCAGUCGCUGUCGGAGAGCGGGGCGGCCACGAUCCCGGACCGGUACGUGAAGCCGGAGUCGGAGCGCCCAAAGGCGGCGUUGGAGCCGGCGGCGGCAACGACGACCGAGGAGGGCGGCAUCGGCGGCGGCAUCCCCGUGGUGGACCUGUCGUCGCCGAGCGACCCGGCGACGGCGCGCGCGGUUUCGGAGGCGUGCCGCAACUGGGGCUUCUUCCAGGCGGUGAACCACGGCGUGCCCUUGGAGCUCCUCCGCCGCGCGCGCGGCGUGUGGCGCGGCUUCUUCCGUCAGCCCAUGGAGGUGAAGCAGCGGUACGCCAACUCGCCGGCCACGUACGAGGGGUACGGCAGCCGGCUGGGCGUGGAGAAGGGCGCCGUCCUCGACUGGGGCGACUACUACUUCAUCCACGUCCGCCCGCCCCACCUCUUCGACCCUCACAAGUGGCCGCACCUGCCCCCUGACCUCAGGGAGACGACGGAGGAGUACAGCCGUGAGGUGGCGGCGCUGUGCGGGCGGCUGAUGACGGCGAUGUCGGUGGGCCUGGGCGUCGGGGAGACGCGGCUGCAGGAGGCGUUCGGCGGCGCGGACGGCGCCGGGGUGUGCGUGAGGGUCAACUACUACCCGCGGUGCCCGCAGCCGGAGCUCACGCUGGGGCUGUCCUCCCACUCCGACCCCGGCGGCAUGACCGUGCUCCUCGCCGACGACCGUGUCCGUGGCCUCCAGGUGCGCCGCCGCGGCGCAUGGGUCACCGUCCACCCCGUGCCUGACGCCUUCAUCGUCAACGUCGGCGACCAAAUCCAGGUGCUGACGAACGCGACGUACCGCAGCGUGGAGCACCGCGUGAUGGUGAACGCCGCCGACGAGCGGCUGUCGGUGGCGCUCUUCUACAACCCCAAGAGCGACCUCCCGCUGGCGCCCAUGCCGGAGCUCGUCUCCCCGGACCGCCCCGCGCUCUACGAACCCAUGACCUUCGACGAGUACCGCAUGUACAUCCGCCGCAAGGGGCCCCGCGGCAAGAGCCAGGUCGACUCCCUCAAGGCGGCCACCGCUACCACCGCCGCCGUCGACGUCAACGUCGCCCCCGUCGGCAGAAAAUGCUACUAG